AUGGAUAUCACAACCGAUAAAUGGAUGACGGGGGUGGACGGCGAUUUUCUUGUCCAUACAGCUGUUAUUCGAGCCAUGCCCAGCGGAGUGAGCGUCCUUUCCGCAGAGUCAUGCGGUGUCUCUGCAUGGACAAAGACAGCAAAAAUAUCAGUCGUCCUCCCUAAUGGAAGCCAUCACAGGUACUUUUUAAAGUGUGCGACAGGAACUGGUGCACGGCCAUUGGUAGAGGGUGAAUACCAUUCUGCCUCCGCAAUUCGCGCGGUUGUUCCUGGAUUUGUUCCAAUCCCUCUUGCAUGGGGGGAAUAUCAUGAUGGCGAAUCUCAAGUUUAUUUUUUUCUAGGCGAAUACCACGACAUGGACCUUCGGGCACCCCCGGAGCCAGAGCCGUUCGUGGCAAAAGUCGCAGAACUCCAUUCGAAAGGGAUAUCACCCACAGGAAUGUUUGGCUUUUCGGUCCCUACUGUGUGCGGUAUUUUUGAACGAACCGUGACAUGGGAGAAAAGUUGGGCAAACUGCUUUGCAAAUCAGCUGAAGAAAAUCAUCGAUUUUGACAAACAGACCAACGGAGCUUGGCCAGAAUUCGAGGAUGCGUGCAAGCAGAUAAUUGACGUUGUUAUACCAAGGCUCUUGGGCGCACUGCAGUCUGAAGGUCGAUCAAUUGUACCUGCAUUGAUCCAUGGUGAUCUGUGGGAGCAGAACAUCGGUGUCGAUAUGGCGACCGGAGAAACAAUUGUUUUUGAUCCGGGAUGCACUUAUGCUCACAAUGAAAUGGAGUUUGGAACAUGGAGGUGCUCUUGGGCCUACUACUUCAACUCCCCUGUUUACGUAAGACUUUAUCAGCGCCAUAUCGAGCCCUCGCAGCCGGUCGAGGAAUGGGAUGAUCGCAAUCGACUUUACAGUCUUCACCCUUACCUCAAUGACUCCGCAGGUCAUCCUGGGAGUAUUUCAAGAUCAAUAGCAUAUAAUGAUAUGCUCUUCUUGUGUGAGAAGUACGGACCGCUGGAAGGACUUGAAAAAUAUAACCCCAAUAAAGACAUAAGUGUGACCGGGGCAUACGUACAGCAUUCUACUCAGGCUAUGGCGAUGAACCAAUCAAAAUACAUAGUGAGUUCUAUUCUCGCAAGGCACAAAAAAACAUACAACAGUGAGGAUUCGCUGGUGGUCACCCACCCAACUACUAACUCACCGGCGUGUGGCUUAAGUACGGCUGAGCGGACGGGAAGCCCUGUUUUCCACACCCUAUGGUCGUAUGUGCUCAGUAAUGGGGUAAAAGGACUUAUAUAG